GUUAAGUUGAACAAAUCACGACGUUCUAACCACCCCACAACAAAAUGUACAAAUUCGUAGUAUUUUUCGCCAUCGUCGCCCUGGCUGUAGCCGUUCCAGCUCCUGAGGCCGCCCCUGAAGCCAAGGCCGCCCCUAAACCAAGCAUCCUCGCCGCAGCAUACACCGCCCCAGUAGUCGCUGCCCCUGCCGCGUAUGCCGCCUACCCCUACGCUGCGCCACUGGCAUAUUCCAGCUACAUCGCUGCACCCUCCGUCUACGCCGCUGGAUACACUGCCUACCCGUACGCUCCAACCGUCGUCGUUUGAUUUUGUUGAUAGUAAAUAGAAAAUAAAAUGAUUGUUAAAGUUUA